CCCACUUCCUUCUUGCCACCCGGCCGUGAUCACUCUUUUGCACGGCCACUCUACUCUACUCUAACCACCAUGACCGUCACUCCCGUCUACGCCCCCAAGGACAUCGAGUGCUGGGGCCACCGGGGCGCCUCGGCGUUCCUUCCAGAGAACACGCUGGCUAGCUUUCGCGCGGCCAUCAAGGAGGGCGCGAGCGGCAUCGAAAGCGAUGUGCACAUCACCUCGGACGGCGUAGUGCUCAUGUUCCACGACCCGACCCUCGACCGCACCACCAGCGGCACGGGCACGAUCCGUUCCCAGCCAUGGCACGGCACGAUUGAGCACGUGCGGACCACGAAGAAGCCGGUGCAGCCCAUUCCGCUCUUCGAGGAGCUUAUCGCCCUCAUUAUGGAGCCCGAGAAUCAGCACGUGACUCUCAACAUUGACUGCAAGAUGCAGAACGACCCGAAUAUCAUGUUUCCCGAGAUGGCCCGCAUCAUCCAGUCGCAACCCGACUGGGAGACCAAGCUGGCCCCGCGCAUGAUUCUGGGCCUCUGGCACCCUAUCUUCAUCCGCCCGGCGUAUGAGCACCUUCCUCGCCUGCGGCGUUACCACAUUGGCAUCUCCACAAGCCUUGCACGCCAAUACUUCUGGGACGUGUGCGAAGGCUUCUCCAUCGCCUUUGCAAUGCUCAUUGGCCCGGACGGCCAGCAGUUCAUCCGCGAUGUCCGAGCAGCCGGAAAGGAGGUGUGUGUCUGGACGGUUAAUGACCCCAGCGAGAUGCGCACCGCUAUGUCCUGGGGGGUCAAGGCUGUCCUUACCGACAAGGUCGGCGCAUUUGUCAAGCUGCGCGACGAGAUUGUCGCCGACCCCGCAAAGCUUGCCAUCUCUGGCCUCGCUGGCUGGGUUUUCCCCUGGUCCAGCUGGAAGUACUACUCAGCAACCCAUCUCUGGUUCCAGCGCACGCAGCUUGACCUCAUGCGCACCAUCUGCUAUGCCCCCGGUCCACUCCGGAUGCCCGACCUCGACGGCCUAGACAUCAAGGCCAACGCCGUUCUUUCGACUGAUGCCGCGGAGGCGUCAGCGACCAUCGACUCCGUUUCAGACGCCGACGCCAACCAACACACCACGCGGACUGACAGCACCCCCCUGGUCAACAGCGCCGCUCUGGCCAACGACAUCACGCAGGCCAACGACACCACCGAUGCCAUAGACGAGAAGCUUGCUGGUUUUGCCAACGACCAAGCUCCUCACCUGGACGACAAUGCGGUCGAUGGUCCGGUCGCUCCCUUCUCUCCUCCCCUCGUGGCCACUGCUGCGUAA